UCGCCCGUACGGCCGGCGAGCUUGGUUUGGAGGGGAGGGGGCGCGCGCGCCUUCCACCUCGGCUGGAAUCCGGAUUGAAGAAUCUUGUGUUAGUUACUGUGCUGUUCACUGGAUGCUGGCAAUGGGGUCAGAGGAGUGGGAGUUGUAUCCAUCUUCAUUCAUUGGUGCUCAGGUCAUAGACUGUGGAACUAUCUCUGGAGACAUGGAUGAUGAUCAGAGUGAAGACUUGACCGUGUCGUUGGACGCGGUUCUCCCCGAUGAUCUUUUAGAAAAGGUCCUCUCCUUCUUGCCUGUUGCAAGUGUCAUAAGAUCUGGAUCUGUUUGCAAGAGGUGGCAUGAUAUUGUGCAUGCCCGGAGGCAGACAUGGAGCAAAAUGGUGCCCCAGAAGCCAUGGUACUUCAUGUUUACAUGCAGCGAAGAAACGGUAUCGGGGUUCGCCUAUGACCCGAGCCUACGGAAGUGGUAUGGAUUCGACUUCCCUUGCAUUGAGAAGACCACCUGGUCGAUUUCCUCGUCGUCCGGGUUGGUGUGCCUGAUGGACAGUGAGGACAGGAGCCGCAUCAUCGUGUGCAACCCCAUAACUAAGGACUGGAAGAGGCUCGUUGAUGCUCCUGGUGGCAAGUCAGCUGAUUACAGUGCUCUCGCCAUUUCCGUGAGCAGGACCUCUAAUCAAUACAUGGUGGCUGUUGCAAGGUGCAACCAAGUGCCAUCAGAGUAUUAUCAAUGGGAGUUUACCAUCCAUUUGUAUGGGUCAGAGAUAAGUGCAUGGGUAUCUCCCUUCACUGAACUUUUGAUUGGAUGGCGAGGAGGUGAUGAGUGCGUGAUCUGUGAUGGUGUCCUCUACUAUUUGGUGUACUCAACAGGAGUUUUGGUGAAUAACAACGAGCAUCGGCACUGUCUUCUCAUGUAUGACCUCUCUGCUAGACCUACUCACACUUCUUUGAUGAGCAUGGCAAUACCAGUGCCGUGCCCUCUUACAUGUGGCCGAUUGAUGAACCUCAAUGAGAGGCUUGUCUUGGUUGGGGGCAUUGGGAAGCAAGACAGGCCUGGUAUCAUCAAGGGAAUCGGCAUCUGGGAGCUCCGCAACAAGGAAUGGCAUGAGGUUGCUCGAAUGCCUCACAAGUUUUUCCAAGGAUUUGGUGAGUUUGAUGACGUUUUUGCGAGCUGUGGGGCGGAUGACCUUAUCUAUAUUCAGAGCUAUGGGUCACCGGCCCUUCUCACAUUUGAGUUAAACCAGAAGCUGUGGAAAUGGUCACUGAAGAGCCCUGUGACGAAGAGGUUUCCUCUGCAGCUGUUUACUGGUUUCUCUUUUGAGCCUAGGCUGGACGUUGCUUCCUAGUUUUAUUUUGUUUCACUUCCACGGGAAUUCUUGCAUUGUUUUGCCUGGUUUGGAGUUGCCAAGUGAAGAGAUGAUGUCAUUGGAAGCCAUUUUGAGCACAGAAAGUGUUCAGUGCCAGAAUCUUUGGCCUGCUUCUGAUGCAGCAUCUGUGUCAUACAUAGCAUGUGAUUGUGCAAGGACAGGUAAAGGGGCAUGCAUGCUGCACCAAAGACUCGGAGUACAUGAUGUACAUACUCCUUGGUUUUGGAUGGAUACGUCACAUUAUUUUCCUCCUUGCCUGAACCCUGUGUACUUGCUUCAAAGUACCAUCCUAAAAAGCAGCAUCUGCCUUAUUUUCUUGCCUGCUGUCACUGCUCACAAAUGUUUGCUUAAAGCCUGUAAAGCCACACCUGUGCUCUGCAAGGGAAGGACACAAAUUUGUUUCAGAUGUCCAGCUGUCAUGAUGUGUGCCUUCAGAGGAUCAGAAAGAGACCCUUCUACUUUGCUGAUUAGCCCAGCCAGCAGGUGAGCUCAGGGCAGUGGUACCAGCAUUGUUGCAAACAAUGGGGGCAAGUUCUCCUGAUCAGUUUGCAUUGAUGUUGAAGGGUUCUCCAGUGUAGCUUGGGGACAGUUUCUACCAGU